GAUGAAGAGUUUCUUUCACUGUUACACGCAAUACACAAUAACAAUAUUCGCGGUCACAAAAUUCGUGGUUACGAGAUACUCGGCGUAGAUAGUAUGCGUGAAGUCACCGAGGUAGCGAGCUACAACGAGAGACGCCCGAUUUGGUUCGUAUUUUCCGGCAUGGGCACGCAAUGGUCAGGCAUGGGUCGUCAGUUGUUCGGCAUUGAAACUUUUCAACGCAGUUUGCAGCGAUGCGCUGGUGCAUUGACGCCCCACGGCAUCGACCUCAUGAAUAUUAUCGCGAAUGCCACGGACGAAACGUACGAGAACGUGUUGUAUCCCUUCGUGACUAUUACAGCUAUACAAGUUGCCCUAGUGGACAUCUUAACGUUGAUCGGCGUACAUCCGGAUGGUACAAUUGGACACUCCGUUGGAGAACUGGGUUGUGCUUAUGCUGACGGCGCAUUUACGCUGGAACAGACCGUUCUGGCAGCUUACUGUAGAGGCAAAGCGAUUGUAGAUUCCAAGUUGGAGCCGGGUGCCAUGGCAGCAGUUGGUUUGAGCUGGGAGGAGGCCAAAAAGAUGUGCCCGCCCGAUAUCGUUCCAGCUUGUCACAACGCCGCCAACUCUGUCACUAUUUCCGGUCCGAUUGACUCCAUGCACAAGUUCGUACAAAUGCUGAGGAGCAAAGAUAUCUUCGUCAGGAUGGUAAAAAGUUCCGGCUUCGCCUUCCACAGUAAAUAUAUCGACUCGGCCGGGCCCAAAUUACGCGCGUCACUCGAGAAGAUCAUACCGAGCCCGAAGCAGAGAUCAGCCAGAUGGAUCUCUAGCUCUAUACCUGAGGCCGCAUGGGGUGGUCCGCUUGCUCAGCUCAGCUCCGCCGCGUAUCACGUGAACAAUUUGUUAUCUCCUGUACUCUUUCAGGAAGCGCUUGCACAUAUUCCGGAGAACGCGAUAACGAUCGAGAUUGCGCCGCAUUGUUUACUGCAGGCAAUCUUGCGCAGAUCGUUGCCACCAACUGUGACCAAUAUCGGCCUGCAAAAGCGAAAACAUUCGGACAAUCUCACUUUUCUACUGUCUAACGUGGGCAAACUGUACAUGGCCGGUGCACAACCUGACAUUUCUAAAUUGUAUCCGUCGGCGAGCUUCCCCGUCGGUCGCGGGACACCGAUGAUCGGGUCUCUCGUCAGGUGGGAUCACUCUGCCGCGUGGGAUGUGGCUGAUUUCCAACAAGUAUCAGAACGUUCGGAAGAGUGUAACGUCCAGAUAGAUCUGUCGAAAGAAACGGACGCGUAUCUAGCAGGGCACCGGAUAGACGGACAAAUUCUUUUUCCAGCCACUGCUUAUUUGCUGCUGGUAUGGAAAACUUUGGCGAAAUUGCGUGGCGUUGACUUCGAACGAUUGCCUGUGGUGUUCGAGAAUGUGCAGUUGCAGCGGGCGACCAUUAUGCCGAAGGAAGGAGCGGUGAAGUUCUCGAUAACCAUCUUCAAGGGAACGGGAGACUUUGAGAUCUACGAGACCGGUACGAUCAUCGUCAGCGGAAAUAUACGUGUCUCCGAGAGUAUCGAGAAAGAUCAGAUGAAGCUGCCGCCGCCGCCGACACCUCCUACCAGUAAGGAGAUUUUACCGUUGAACACCAAUGACAUUUACAAGGAACUAAGGUUGCGCGGAUACGUGUAUCGCGAUGUCUUCCGAGGAAUCAAAUCCUGCGAUAACUACGGCAUCGCCGGCGAGCUUUACUGGUUUAAUCAAUGGGCACCGUACAUAAACAGCAUGCUUCAGUUAACUGUCGUGUCUACCAUCCAUAAGCUAAUGUAUAUACCGUCGCGCCUUGAGUAUGUCGCAAUCGAUCCUGUUCUUCAUAAACGACUGGUGGAAAAAUUACCAGAGAACGGUGCAUUGCCGGUGUAUCACUACAAGAACAUCAAUAUCGUUAAAUCGGGUGGUAUCGAAGUCAGAGGAACGAAAUUUUUGUUGCCGUCUCGGCGACAGCGCACACAAGCUGAUCCUAAAUACGAGCAGUACACUUUCGUGCCCAAUGAACAUUCGCACGGUCUAUUAAAGGACGCAACGAGAGGAAGAGUGCACGCACUCGCCGUACUCUUGCAGAUCAUGUGCGAAAACGUGAAGACAGUGAGAUUAACGUUCGUGGAAAUUGCAGGCCAACGAGCUGCAGAAGCUCUAUUGGCGCCGCUUAUUAUCGAAAGUGUCAAUAACGAACAAGAAUUUAUUAUUAACUUACAAAUCAUUGCAGUCUCUGCUGAUAAUUACACGGCGAGCUUGAGUAAAAUGAACGUGAACGCUGACGUCGUAACGCAAGAUGUGAACGAGACACCUCUCAUUCACGAAGCACACCUUGUUAUAGCAGCGGACGUUUUGUCCAAUCAAUCUUAUACCGUUCUCAAAAAUUUGGCUGCUGCCUUAAAACCUGGUUGUUUCAUUCUUCUGGAGGAGACCGCUGCGCGACUGGAUUUGGAAACCGCAUUGAAAGAUACUGACUUAACAUUAGCUAGUAGACAAACCGAUCCUGUAGGAAAGACUUACUUGUUGUUGAAGAAACGGCAGAAAGGGAGAAAAUCGACAGUAAUUCAUAUCACAGAGAAAAAUCUAUCGUGGCUGGAAGAUGUGAAAGCAGCAUUGAAGGAAUCUGUCAGCAAAGAUCAAGAAGUGCUCCUUGUAUCACAGGGCGAAGAAACGCUUGGCUUGGUCGGGCUCAUGGCUUGUAUACAACUCGAGAUAGGCGACGCAUAUGCGCGUUAUGUCUUUAUCCAGGACAAGAACGCUCCCAAGUUCGGCUUAUCCGCGCAGUUUUACUCGGAGCAAUUAAAUAAAGGAUUGACGGCAAACGUCCUGAAAGGAGGGCAAUGGGGCAGUUACCGAUACUUGCCGUUGGAUGAACAAAGCAACGUGUCUUCCCUUCAGGUGGAGCACGCCUAUGUGAAUACAUUGGCAAGGGGAGAUCUCAGCAGCUUGAGGUGGAUCGAAAGCCCGCUACGUUACUACCAUCCUAACAAUUUUCCAAAAACGAAACUUUGCAGCGUAUACUAUGCUCCGUUGAACUUCAGGGAUAUCAUGUUGGCGAGUGGCAAAUUGCCACCGGACGCUCUGCCAAGGAAUUUGGCCACGGAAGAGUGUAUACUGGGACUUGAGUUUUCCGGAAGAGACACGGACGGCUGUCGCGUAAUGGGCAUUGUCGAAGCUAAGGGAUUGGCUACCACAGUAGUCGCGGAUCUUGAUUUCCUCUGGGAGGUACCGGACAGAUGGACACUGGAACAAGCAGCAACGAUACCUGUCG